AUGGCAAACUCGUCUGAUCCUUUAGUCCGGUAUUUCAUGUACGCCAGCACUCAUCUCCAUGUCCUUAAAGGUAUCUCGCCAUACUUGUAUCGCCGAUCCAAGGAGGCACGUACCUCUCUCAACAUCAAGGAAUCAACAACAUCGUUCGUGUCAGGCUCAGUAAACGCAUUUAUUUGGUCAGCCUGCCAAGCAUACGACCGAGGUACCCCCCUGGUCAUUCGCCCUGAUGAUGUCUGGUUGGCGAUCCUCCAGAGCAUCGGCCGUUUCUGUCUUCCCCAUACGGAUGACAUUUUGUUGAACGAAAUGUUUGAUGUUCCCAGGCUGACCAAAGAAGAUUUUAUGAGCCCGGAUACCUUGGCAGGGGAGAUGGAGUAUCUCGUCAACAGGAAGUGUUUAUCAGAGGAACGCACCAACUCGUUGAUGCCAGACUUUACCACAACACUUUCGGAAGACGUCACGGCUGCUUGUGUCUCCAUCCUCGGUACACAGUGGAAGGAUGACCUUCCAACUGACUUGCGCUUCACAAGGGCCGGUAUGUCUACAGUGAUACUUGCUGGACAGUAUUGCGAUUGGUUCAGUCUCCUGGAUAGGUUGAAGCUAUUCGAGGAUGAGGGUGAAGAGGUCCAGCACUUUAUCAAAAACACACGACCCAUUUUGCGCCGCCUCCAUUAUGCCGCUCGUGAGCCAGAUAGCCCAACAGCGCGCGAGUUGUUCAGCACAACGGUUAGGAAGACACCCCCAAACGGCGUUGAUGACGAUUUGGUGACUGGUUGGAUCACUUCCUUCUACCAUCUCAACCAACAGAGCCAAAUGCGUCAACCAGAUAUCGGGCCAUUUGGACAAUAUGGAGGCGAGGCCUCGGAAUACAAAAACAUGGCUUGGGGAGAAGAACACGACGAUAUACUCUACCCAGCCGUCCGUCUUGCCGAUAUUCCAACCGGAAUAUCAGCAAUGCCUGUACAGUUCCCGGGGAAGGACAAGGCCUUUCAUGGCAUUAUGGUAGGAGGAUCUAUCGGUAUAGCUUAUGAGCGCAAUGUUCAGAAUGUAUGGAUCCAUAGGCCGAUAGCAGGGUGGGCUGCGAGCUGCAACGAGGGCGAUGAAACGAUGCGCAAGAGAGAAGAGAUCCUGCGCGAUGCCACGCAAGAGAUGCAACGUGAGUGGAAAAUGGCCAAAAAAGACUUUGGGGACUGCGCCAAAACCACUUGUGCGAUUGCGUCGGUGUUGAAUAGGAUCCAGAGACGGUUGGAUAAGUUGUGA